AUGCAUAACAACGAUAUCCGUAUUGAUAAUGCCAUCACCAUCCUAUUGGCUCAGUUAUUGGAAAGCUGCAAAAACACAAUCGAGUCGUUUACCAUAAACUCGCUUGUCGUCUCUAAAAAGAGUACCGACUAUGAAAAGAUCAAUCGUGGUGCUCUAGACUACUUUUUAAAUGCAGUCUGUUCCUGUCCAAUGCUAUCCACCGUCAUGAUCAAAGGCAUUUACAUUAGUUCAUCACGUGUAAAAGAGAGUUAUCCAGAGGUUCACAGUCGUUAUCUUGCUGAUGUCUAUCAUAAAACAUUUGAAUUGACUAAAAGACGUGAUUAUAAUAUAUGA